UCCCUAAGGACCCGAGAAAAGGCAUCUCCUCCUCUGGAGAGAUUCUCAGGCUGGUUUUUCACUCGGAAAUGUGGACCCGGGAUGACACGUCAAGAACGAUAAAGCACUUUGGCAUAAUACUGAAUGACUUUGUUUUCAAGCUGCCUUAGCCUUCCUUUACAGAGAAAAAGCCUGAGUAUUCUUUCCCCGUAGGACACAAGUGUUAUUUUUGGAGCAGAGGUUCUUAGGCUGAUCUCUGUCUAAACCAAUUUCUGUUCUUGUGAGGUCGCGGUCUGGGGCGGCUCUGAGCGAUCUCGGUGGAGGGAAGCCUCCUGGCUCCUCGAGGGAGGGAUGUGGGCAGAGGCGUUGAGGGGCCACCCUGAAACUUGCCUACCCUGGGCCUCACGUCAAGGCUCCCUUGCACUCAGACUGUGCCCCAGGAACGGUCUUGGCCACGUGUGUGCACUGGUGUGCUCUUCCUGCUUGUGUCACUUUGUGGGAUAUUUGGGGUCAAGGUGACUCCCUCUUUUUUAACCUGGUACCUUAGGCCACAGACUCCUCAGAACUGAGAGAGCCACAGCUGGACAACCUCUGCAGACCAUUCGGGGGGGGGGGGGGGGAGUAGGAGGGUGCUAUGGGAGAGCACAACGCACUGUGAGGCCACGAGUCCCCGAGGGCCUCCAGGGACAGGUCUCAGGACCCUGGGCUCAGAGCACCCUCUUCUGUAGCCUGCUCUGCCCCAGGCUGCUGGUCGCCAGGAGGAAAAGCUCUCCAGCUUCUCCAGGUCCUCUUCCUGACCUGUCAUUCCGGGGCUCACAGAGCUUGAGGCUGCUAGGAAACGUGUAAAAUUAGAAACAGCUGAAACCACACACAUGGCACCACCUCACUCUGACCCCUUCCCUUGGAACCUGGUUGCUGUGUGUUCAGGGAGCAGGUGUGCGUAGCGGGAGGCCAGGUAACGCCCCAGGAGCCUCGGCGGGUGUCUCAGGCUGCCGCGGCCUCCGAGGACAGGAGGCACCUGCGAGGUGCCCUUCCCUGACCAGCUAUCCAUAGCCAGCAAAGCCUCUUACUGGGAAACCUCUCUCUGCAGCCCCGCCAGUCCCACCCGCAGACCAGAGGCCUCCCUGCAAAUCGCCGGGAGUUACUGAACCUGGGAACCCAAACCAGCCAGCGGGCAGCCAGACGGCCGAGUCCCCCGCAGCGCUCCAUCCCGCCUUUCCUUUCCCUGUGCUCAGCCAUGGUGGACAUGGGGGGCCUGGACAAUCUGAUGGCCAACACGGCCUACCUGCAGGCCCGGAAGACGUGGGAGGGAGACAGCCGGGAGCUGCAGCGGCGGCGCCGGAGCCUGGCACUGCCCGGGCCGCAGAGCUGCGCCCCGCUCCGCCAGGCGCUGCCCCCUGACUUCCACAGCCUGUGCGAGCAGCAGCCCGUCGGCAACCGCCUCUUCCGGGACUUCCUGGCCACGGUGCCCCGGUACCGAGAGGCCGUGGCCUUCCUGGAGCAGGUGCAGAGCUGGGAGCUGGCGGAGGGCCCGGCCAAGGGCAGCAGCCUGCAGGCGCUGGUGGCCGCUGGCGGCCCUGCCCCCGGGCACCCACCUGCCUUCCUCAGCCCGGCUCUGAGCGCCAGGUGCCUGGCAGACACUACCGAGGACAAGCGGGCAGCCCUGGUGGCGCUGGCCCGGGCGGAGGCCAUGGCCUUCCUGCAGGGCCAGCCCUUCAGGGACUUCCUGGCCAGCCCCUUCUACCACCAGUUUCUGCGGUGGAAGGUCUUUGAGAUGCAGCCCGUGUCCGAAUACUUCACCGAGUUCCGCGUGCUGGGGAAAGGUGGCUUUGGGGAGGUAUGUGCUGUCCAGGUGAAAAACACUGGUAAGAUGUAUGCCUGUAAGAAGCUGGACAAGAAGCAGCUAAAGAAGAAAAAUGGUGAGAAAAUGGCUCUGUUGGAAAAGGAGAUCUUGGAGAGGAUCAGCAGCCCUUUCAUUGUCUCCCUGGCCUACGCCUUUGAGAGCAAGUCCCACCUCUGCCUGGUCAUGAGCCUGAUGAAUGGGGGAGACCUCAAGUCCCACAUCUAUAGCGUGGGCACCCGCGGCCUGGCCAUGAGCAGGGUGGUCUUCUACUCGGCCCAGAUGACCUGUGGGGUGCUGCACCUGCACUCUCUCGGCAUCGUCUACCGGGACCUGAAGCCUGAGAACGUGCUCCUGGACGACGUUGGCAACUGCAGGCUGUCCGGCCUGGCGGCCAUGCAGAUCCCGGAUGGCAGGCCUGUCACCCAGAAGGCUGGAACCAAUGGUUAUAUGGCGCCUGAAAUCCUAAUGGAAAAAGUGAGUUACUCCUAUCCCGUGGACUGGUUUGCAAUGGGAUGCAGCAUUUAUGAAAUGAUUGCUGGAAGAACACCACUCAAAGAUUACAAGGAAAAAAUCAGUAAAGAGGAUUUAAAGCAAAGAACCCUGAAAGAAGAGGUCACAUUCCAACAUAACUUCACAGAGGAAGCCAAAGAUAUUUGCAGACUCUUCUUGGCUAAGAAACCAGAGCAACGCUUAGGAAGCAGAGAAAAGUCAGAUGAUCCCAGGAAACACCCUUUCUUCAAAACCAUCAACUCUCCUCGCCUGGAAGCAGGCCUCGUGGGACCCCCAUAUGUGCCAGACCCUUCGGUGGUUUAUGCCAAAGACAUCGACGACAUUGAAGAUUUCUCUGAGGUUCGGGGAAUCGAGUUUGAUGAUAAAGAUAAGAAGUUCUUCCAAAGAUUUGCAACAGGUGCUGUCCCCAUAGCGUGGCAGGAAGAGAUCAUAGAAACGGGACUGUUUGAAGAAUUGAACGAUCCCAACAGACGUGCAGGUUGUGGGGAGGGUAACUCGUCCAAGUCUGCUGUGUGUUUGUUAUUAUAAGUUGUUCUCUCUACCAGACAGGCAGCAGGAGUCUCAGCUGACCUAAUCCUCGAAUGUUCCUGUUAACCUAAAAAUAAAAAUAAAAAAGGGCUUUCAAGAUGAGAGGCAACACGCA